CACCGUCCUCGCCCGCCCAUUCGUCCCGUCCUCGCCCAGCCCGCCCCUAUCCUACCCACGCAGCAGCACCCGCUGCCUGCCCCCGACCCGCCAUGUCGCUCAGACACACCCCCCGGCAGGCCGAGCGUGACGUCCGUCUACACGACCCGCACGCCCAUCACGCCCAUUCGCUGCCUCCUCCGCCCCCGCACGCACAACUCGGCCAUGGGCCGCAUAUGAACGGAAACGGCAUCCCCUCCACCUCGGGCCCAAUGACGGGCCCCUCGAGCCACCCGCCGCCGCAGCUGGUCUCGCCACCGGUCAUGUCGAGCGCGGUGCCCAACGGCGUCGCGCCGACCUCGAGCAUCCAGAAGCUGGCGCAGGCGAAUGAGCAGACGUGGUUAUUGAUAGGUCGAGUCGCCGAGCAGAUGGGCAACCUGGAACACGCCCUGUCGGCAUACGAGAACGCGCUCCGCCACAACCCCAUCUCCCUUUCCGGCCUAACCCAGGUCGCGGGCAUCGCUCGGAUCAAGGAGAAUUAUCCGAAGGCCGUCGAUUACUUCCAGCGGGUGAUCGCCAUGCAGCAAGACAACGGCGAGGUGUGGAGCGCCCUAGGGCACUGCUACCUCAUGCAGGAUGACCUCCAGAAGGCGUACGCUGCCUACCAGCAGGCGCUCUAUCUCCUGCCGAAUCCCAAGGAGGAUCCGAAGCUUUGGUACGGCAUCGGUAUCCUAUAUGACCGGUAUGGUUCCUUGGACCACGCCGAAGAGGCGUUUGCAUCAGUCCUCAAAAUGGACAAAGACUUCGACAAGGCGAACGAGAUACUAUUUCGUCUCGGAAUCAUAUACAAGCAGCAGGGCAAGUACGCUGAUUCGCUUGACUGUUUCGAUCGUAUCCUCCGCAACCCGCCCAACCCCCUCGCCCAUGCCGACAUCUGGUUUCAGAUCGGACAUGUAUUUGAGCAACAGCGUGACCAUAUGCGCGCGCGCGACGCCUACGAACGUGUCGUCAGGGACAAUCCUGGCCAUGCGAAAGUUCUCCAACAGUUGGGAUGGCUGUACCACCAAGACGGGUCUUCCUUCCAAAACCAAGAACUUGCCAUUCAGUAUCUCACCAAGAGUCUGGAAGCCGACCCCACUGACGCACAAAGUUGGUACCUCCUCGGACGUGCGUACAUGGCAGGCCAGAAGUACAACAAAGCGUACGAGGCUUACCAGCAAGCCGUUUACCGUGACGGACGGAACCCGACAUUCUGGUGUUCGAUUGGUGUCCUUUACUUCCAAAUCAACCAAUACCGCGACGCGCUUGACGCAUACUCCCGCGCUAUCCGCAUUAACCCCUACAUCUCCGAGGUAUGGUUUGAUCUUGGAAGUCUUUACGAGAGCUGCAACAACCAGAUCUCGGACGCCAUCGACGCGUACGCCCGUGCGGCGGAACUCGAUCCGAGCAACACUGCGAUCACGCAGCGUUUGGGUCUAUUGAAGCAGGCGCAGGCGACUGGCAGCGCGUUGCCCGCGGCUCCUGGCCCGCAGGAUGUCCACCCGACCGCGUACGCGAACCCAAUGAUGCCGCCGCCUGGCUUGUCGGGACCGCCUAUGCUUCUCCAGCCCGGCGUCAACUCGCGUCCCACGCCAAUCUUCCGCACGGACUCGAGAGGACCUGGCGACUUGGCGCUGCCCAUGCCUCCUCAGGCUCUCGGCAGUGGUCGUUCGUCACCUGGACCGUAUAGAGGUGGGCCACCGCCUCCAGUGGUACUUGACGAUCGGCAUAUGCCCUCUCAUACUCCGCUAGCGCCGAUGGACAUUGACCGUCCGCCCAUCCACCCGCGAGAGUCGACUGGUCCUUACCCGCCUCGUGAGAACGGGCGUGGUCCGGCGGGCCAGGGGCUCCUCCUCCAUCACCCUGUGCCUCAGCAACAAGGACCCCCGGACGCCCUGCGCGGACCUCCUGGACACCCGCAUGAGCCUGCUCCGGGCCAGUACCGCAUCUCUCCGUCGACGUCUCCUUCGCCUCAUUCCAUGCGCCCUCACUCCUCGAUUGCCAAUGGACGCCCUUCGUACGACGGACGCCCCCCGAUCGGCCCCGGUCAGACCCCGAUCUCUGCGCGACGCUCUCCGCCUCCACCACACGCGUAUGCACGCGAGCCUCCCAUGCCCGAGCGCGAGCCCGGCUGGGAUCGCCGCAUGCCCCCCGAGCACGUCGAGUGGGAGCGCGAGCAAAGGCGCGGUCGUCCCGGCUCGGAGUAUCUUUCGCAUCAGCAGCAAAUGUACUCCCGCGCGCACUCGCCGCCGAUGUCCCAGCUCGCACCAAGUCCCCGCGGGCCGCCCCGCUCUCCGCCGAUGUCGCCUGCUGGGUACCCGCGCCAGUACUGGGACUCGCGCCCCGGCAUGCCUCCUGGCCCUGCUGUCAUGGGAGGCGGCCCUGGUCAAUCACCCCCGAUGCCACACCGCGACGAGCCUGUCAGGAGGUACGACCCUCGGUUCGACGCACGCGAGGGCCCGCCGAGAGAGUACGAGCGCGCACGGGAACCUGAGCGCGAGAUGGUAGAACCGCGAGACAUGCGUCCGGACAGCCGGUUCCCGUCUCCCGAGUCGGUGCGUGUCGUCCGUGGGAUGCCCCCGUCGUCCGUGUCGGCUGGUUAUGGACGGACGUCGGAGAGCCCGCGCAUACCACAGCAGCCUAUGCCUGGGAUGCCCGAGCCAAAGGACCGCCGUCGCCGGAACACGAAGGACAAGGACUCGGAGAGCUCGAACGGGAGCGUCGCCGCCGCGAGCGAGGCACCGAAGAAGGAGCGCAAGCGACGCGCACCUGCGAAGCGCGUGAAGGAGGAGCCGACUAGGCAGGAGACACCGGGGUACGGCGCUGACUACAACAGGCAGCUGAAGGGCAGCCCGCACCCUAGCUCGACAGGCUCGGGGAGCGCGAGUCGUUCGGUGCAGCCAUCGCCGACGGGCAGCGCGCCGCCACCGCCCCCAAGGGUCGUCGACGAGGACUACGACGAGCCAGGCGUCGCGGAGCUUCUCAUGGGUCUCGCUGCGUCGGGUUCGAGCGCGCCGAACCGGCCACCAGCUGACUCGCGCAACUUCGGUCCUCCUGGCGGGCCGAUUGGACCAGGCGGUUCACGUCCUGGGCCAGGUCACUCACCCACGAUGAUGUACCACGAUCGCCGGCCGUCAAUGUCGUCUCGCGCGUCGCCUCCGACCUCGGGUACGAAACGCCCGCUCAGCCCCGGUCCCGACGAUCGCAACAUCGACAUGAAGCGCAGUCGUGUCGGGAGCAUCAGCAGCGCGCCUGGAAACGGAAACGGCAGGCGCGUCUCGCCGCAGUCCGGCUCUGGUGGACGUCCCUCUCCAGUUCCCUCUCGUCUCUCGCCUAUCCCCUUCCGCCGGCAGCCCACGUCGCAUUCGCCCGAGGCACGUCAGACCGAGGCGCGGAGCUACCCGCCGUCACCCGCACCUGCGCUCCCGACGAUGCUCCCGCCGCAUCCACGACCGAUCGGCGCAGGACAUGCAGGUAUGAGUCUCCCGCCGAUCAACCACGGCCAUGCGAGCCCGGGCGGGUCAGGUCCGUCGUCGGGACCGAUGGACGAGGACCGGCCGCCGCACCACGCGAGGAGCGCGAGUCCUGUCCGGCAGAAGCGCGAGAUCGUGCUGCACCAGGCGGGUGGGACUCCCCCGGGCGUUGGGCCUGCUGUGAAGGGCACGCCGUCGCCGAGCUCGAGCAAUGGUCGGUCGGGUCCGCGGUCAGCGUGAAAAGCUGUCCAGCGUCGUCGUCGUCGUCGUCGUCGUGUUGCCCUGUCGAGAUACCCCUGCGCCUCAUCUGCUCCCGUCCGUCGUUCGUCUCCGUCUGCCGCAUACAAUGUCUACUCCCCACGCAAGCUUCGUUUCAGUCCGUAGAACAUUACUAGCGCAUCGUCCGUCCAUUCUCGCUCGCUCCUGUCGCCUUGCCUCGUCGUGAACCCUUAACGCUGGUUUGGUUAGGUAGCACUGACUGCUGUAUGAUGAUAUGAUGACAUGCCAUGACCCCUCUUUUUCCGUCUCGCAUCUUCCGUCUACACAUCUGUGUCCGUGUCUCUAUCGCUGUGUAGCAUUGCCGCUUUCGCUGUACGUACUGUUCGUAUAUUCGUCUAGUGUACAGUAUGUGCCGCAUAUAGUGAAAUGAGAAUAUGCUCUAUGCAAGACCGCGA